CGCGUAAAAGAGCGCGCACAGCUGUCAGCACCAAGGACAGCGCUCCGCCGCAGAACAACAGCCGACGCGCAGAGCUGCAUCACUGAUUUCUGCUGCCAGCCUUCAUGUAGUAUUUGCUCUGCCUGUCUGCAGCCUGACUUAACAGGGGGAAUUAAGAGAAAGGCUGCAGCUUCUCUCAGAUGCCAUCGCCUAAUUGAACCGGGCACCAUGAACAGAUCGCCGCAAUGUGUGUGAAUUUCGUACCUGGGAUUUUUUAAGUCUAAAACUGCCACACUGGACAUUGCUUUCAUUCUUAACAAGCGAAAUAGCUCAAACAAGAGCCUCCGGCAGCACUAAGAAGAAAAGACACUGGGACUCUCCGUGCGCACUUCUGGCCCUCCACACGAUGCGUCUGCUUCUGUUGGCCGCGUUAUUCUCCUGCUCCUGCGUGCGGGGCGGCUGCGAGCCCAAGAUUGUGAACAUCGGGGCCGUCCUGAGCCAGAAGAGAUACGAGCAGGUGUUCAAGGAUGCGGUCACUCAGGCGAACCAGGUGUACGGAAGGGAUAAAUUCAAGUUGACCGCCAUCUCUGUCACUCACAAAGCUAAUGCGAUUCAGAUGGCGCUGUCUGUGUGUGAGGAUCUCAUUUCCAGUCAGGUGUACGCCAUCCUGGUGAGCCAUCCACCACAGUCCAAUGACCAUCUGACGCCCACUCCGGUCUCCUACACCGCAGGGUUUUACCGAAUACCUGUAGUAGGGCUUACCACCAGGAUGUCCAUUUACUCAGACAAGAGCAUCCAUCUCUCAUUCCUCCGCACAGUUCCACCCUAUUCCCACCAGGCACAUGUGUGGUUUGACAUGAUGCGGGAGUUCCGCUGGAAUCACAUCAUUCUAAUCGUCAGUGACGACCAUGAAGGCAGAGCGGCACAGAAAAGACUAGAAACUCUUCUGGAGGAGAGAGAGACCAAGAAUAAAAAAAGGAACUAUGAAAACCAAGACCAACUGUCCUAUGACAACAAGAGAGGACCUAAGGCCGAGAAAGUGCUUCAAUUCAACCAAGAGACUAACUUAACUGCCCUGCUUCUGGAGGCCAAAGAGCUGGAGGCCCGAGUGAUCAUUCUCUCUGCCAGCGAGGAAGAUGCAGCCGCCGUGUACAAAACAGCACGCUUCCUCAACAUGACAGGCUCAGGCUAUGUAUGGCUGGUCGGGGAGCGUGAGAUGUCCGGUAAAGCUUUGAGCGAGGCCCCUGACGGGCUGAUUGGCCUCCAGCUCAUCAAUGGCAAGAAUGAAUCGGCGCACAUCAGUGAUGCCGUUGCUGUCGUAGCCCAGUCCAUCCAAGAGCUCUUUGAGAAAGAGAACAUCACAGAACCUCCAAGGGGCUGCGUGGGCAAUACCAACAUCUGGAAGACUGGGCCACUUUUUAAAAGGGUACUGAUGUCUUCCAAGUACCCAGAGGGCCUAACAGGACGCGUUGAGUUCAAUGAUGACGGUGACAGAAAAUACGCUCAUUACAGCAUUCUCAACUACCAGAAGAGCAGACUGAUUCAAGUCGGCAUUUACAAUGGAACACAAGUGGUGAUGAAUAAACAGAGGAAGAUUAUUUGGCCUGGAGGUGAAACAGAAAGACCGAGAGGAUUCCAGAUGUCUACUCGAUUAAAGAUAGUGACCAUUCAUCAGGAACCCUUUGUGUAUGUGAAGCCAACUACGCUGGACGGGACCUGCAAGGAAGAGUACACACCUAAUGGGGUCUUAAUUAAAAAGGUGAUCUGCACUGGACCAAAUGAGACCAUCCCAGGACGCCCAAUUGUUCCCCAGUGUUGCUACGGAUUUUGCGUUGACCUUCUGAUUAAACUGGCAAUGACCAUGAACUUCACCUAUGAAGUACACCUGGUGGCAGAUGGGAAAUUCGGAACACAAGAAAGGGUAAAUAACAGUAACAAGAAGGAAUGGAAUGGUAUGAUGGGCGAGCUCCUGGGUGGCCUUGCAGAUAUGAUCGUUGCACCCUUGACGAUCAACAAUGAACGAGCCCAGUACAUAGAAUUCUCCAAGCCUUUCAAAUACCAGGGACUGACUAUCCUUGUUAAAAAGGAAAUACCUCGCAGUACACUGGACUCAUUCAUGCAGCCAUUCCAGAGCACACUGUGGCUACUGGUGGGUCUAUCGGUGCAUGUGGUGGCGGUGAUGCUUUACCUACUAGACCGGUUCAGCCCAUUUGGAAGGUUUAAAGUAAACAGUGAAGAAGAAGAGGAGGAUGCCCUCACCUUAUCUUCAGCUAUGUGGUUUUCCUGGGGCGUCUUGUUGAACUCUGGAAUUGGAGAAGGUGCCCCACGUAGUUUUUCAGCGAGAAUCUUGGGAAUGGUGUGGGCUGGCUUUGCUAUGAUUAUAGUAGCAUCCUAUACUGCCAACCUGGCUGCCUUCCUGGUGUUGGACCGGCCUGAGGAGCGCAUCACCGGCAUCAAUGACCCAAGGCUAAGGAACCCAUCAGACAAGUUCAUCUAUGCCACAGUGAAGCAAAGUUCGGUGGAUAUUUACUUCCGGCGACAAGUUGAGCUGAGCACCAUGUACCGCCACAUGGAGAAGCACAACUACGAAAGCGCCGCUGAAGCCAUCCAGGCUGUUCGGGACAACAAGCUGCAUGCUUUCAUCUGGGACUCUGCGGUGCUGGAGUUUGAAGCCUCGCAGAAGUGUGACCUGGUGACCACGGGAGAGCUGUUUUUCCGUUCGGGCUUUGGCAUAGGCAUGCGCAAGGACAGCCCCUGGAAACAGAAUGUGUCCCUGGCUAUUCUCAGUUCCCAUGAGAAUGGCUUCAUGGAGGACCUAGAUAAAACCUGGGUGAGAUACCAGGAGUGUGACUCAAGGAGCAAUGCCCCAGCCACACUCACCUUUGAGAAUAUGGCAGGUGUCUUCAUGCUAGUUGCUGGAGGCAUUGCAGCUGGGAUCUUCCUCAUUUUCAUCGAGAUUGCAUAUAAGCGCCAUAAAGACGCCCGCAGGAAGCAGAUGCAGCUAGCCUUUGCGGCCGUCAAUGUUUGGAGGAAGAACCUACAGCCCUCUUCCUCUGUAGAGACUCAGGAUGAUAGGAAAAGUGGUAGAGCAGACAGCGACCCAAAAAAGAAACCCUCUUUUAGGUCCAUCAGUACCACCCUGGCCUCCAGCAUCAAGAGACGUAGGUCCUCCAAAGACACGCAAUACCCACCCACAGACAUUACGGGCCAACUCAACUUGUCCGACCCGUCUGUCAGCACGGUGGUGUGAGGCAGAGAAAGAGGGAGAGUUUAACAUAAAGACAUGCUCAUUCUUUAGAGACAAACAAGAUGGAACUAGAGGGGAGCGUUGUAGUACCGCUCCUCUAGGUUUUGCACAAUGGAUCCAUCAUGGACGAGAACUACUGAGCCACUUCACCUUUAUGAAGAGCCAAUGGGACCUGUUGGGACUUGAUGGUGGACUGCAAGGGAUGGCAUGACACUGCAAUGCACUGGAGCCCUGCGAACACACAGACCAUAUAAACACAUAAGCGCAUACACCAUCACAGCUUGAUGCUGAAAUUAGUAUACUAUCAUUCCAUCCACCAGUACUUCUUCUGUAUAAAUUCUUUAUCAUUAUGUAGAAAUAUUUCUUAUUAAUAUUAGUGCUUAUUCUUAUGUUGAUUAAGUGGUUUAAGUAUUGUACAGUAUAAUUUAGAACAAAGAACAAAACAUUUCAUGUUGCAAGGCUGAUUCUACGGCCAUUAUUUAAAGAAUUAACUAGUUGUAGUGCGUAUGAAAUUAAUUAUAUUCAUCAUUUACAUAUGAUAUUUAUCUUCUUUACAUUUUUUAUUGUUUUAUUUGCUUUCUGUUCAUUGUUUUUCAUUCUUUGUCUAUAUAAUCUAUAAAGCAAAAUGUCAGCCAAUCAAGCACAUGAUCUGUGCUGUUUCAUAUAUCAUUGUCUUUUAUAUUCUAACAUCCCUUUGCAUGUAAUAUGCAUGCAAAUUUGUCCCUAAAGGAUUAUGGACAAGAAAAAUAUACAGUAACAUAUCACAGAAAAGGUAUUCAAUUUUAGAUUUACGAUGUGGCUUACUGCACAUCAGUUAAUUGCAAACUCUCCUUCAAACUCAACAGUUCUUCCUCUUUAAAUGCAGUCGUUCUCAACUUCAGUCUGAAGGGUGCAUCAAGGGGCCGAGUUUUUUCAUCCAACUAGCACUUGGCGUCUCACGCAAAAUCAUCUCUGUGUGUCAUCCCCACAGACGACCUCAGAGAUCUUUUACAUGAGAAAACUCCAAGUGUGCCCAUUUAUUUUCAACGCUGGUGCUGUAGUUUCGUAUACACCUAUUAGUUAGAUGGCAAAACUGGCCCGUUCCCAAGUUCUGGGGUUGAGAAACAUCAACAAAAGCUGUACAAAUAAGGACUGCUUACUGUAAAUGUUCACUUAAUGCUAUUUAUAUGACCCAUGGAAACUCCCCUAUAAGAGAGAUCACCUACCUAGCACUUUAAUGUGUAUCUGUUGGAAGCUAUAAGCAUAUGGAAAUUAUGCAAUUUGCCAAAUGUUGAUUGUAAUACUAAUACUUGAUAUGAAAAUGCACAUUUGAGAAUGCGAAAUAUGUUAUAUGUAACUGUCAGCUGUUUGAAUUUAACAAAAGACUCCUUUUCUAGUUUUCAUAUAUCAAGAGAUUUGGAUUUGUUUCUGAUAUAUCAGAGUUAAACUGUGUCAAACUAGUGCAUAUCGCAUAUAUCUUCUGUUUACUAUUAGCUUACACUACUUUAGUUUUUAGUCUUUUCAAACUGACAGGUGUAUGUACAGUAUGUUUUUCUCAUUGCUUGGGUCAAUGAAUGUGGUUUGUACUUCAGAAGAAUGAUGUAUUAUAUCUGAUUUCAGGGCAUGUGAACACUGAAUUCAGUUUAUGUUGCCUGGACUGCUAGAUUGCAGAUGAUUUUAUGAAAAUGUUGAAAAAAGGGAGUGUUUUAUGAGAAACUGUCACACUGUAAAUGACACACAAACACAAUCAGAUAAAUUACACCACAUACAGUAACACACAUAUCCUGAGCAUAAGUCUUACUUUAACAAGUGCUACAAUGCUACUUUAUGUUUCAGUUAAUUUUAGAUACUUCUUCAAUGCAUUUUGACAAAAUAUAUAUAGUAAUAACAUUUCUGUGUGCCAAUACAUUUGUGCCAUGUCAGUUGCAGACCACAACUAAGUGUCUUUCCAAUUUUGUGAGCAUAUUAUUCACUAUAAAAAUAUCCAUGGAUUUCAUUUAUUUCCAUGAUUUCCAAAUCACUAUAUAUAGCCUGUUUGUGUGUGUGUGUGCAU